CCUAAUCUGCAACUUUCAGUAGCGAUGAUGAUCCCGUUACGAUCAUUAGUAUUAGUCGUGCUAUUACCAACGUUGAUAAACGGUUGGUUUGAAUUAUGCGAUCAACAAUUCCAGUUAGGCGGAAAUGCAGACGUACAGCUUUUGUCACCCUUGUAUCCGAAUCGGAAAUAUCCUUCGGGAAGUUCAUGCCGUUAUACACUAAUCGCCCCUCCCGGGAACAGCAUUCAAAUGACCUGCGAUAUUAACAUCGAUACAGCGCAGAGCACGGCCUGUUCAACCGAGUUAUUCUAUAUCUCAACGGAAGGAUUCUCAUCCCUUGUAGGGAGUGAAUACUUUUGCGGUAAGGGAAGUAUAAGCCGAAACUCUCUGUUCAACAAAAUGAUGAUUGCGUAUACUUCUUCGAGCAACACCAACGGAGGGACGUUCAACUGUCGGAUCAAGGUCGUAAAACAGGACUGUGACUGUGGGUGGUCUCGAUGGCAGAAGAUCGUGGGUGGAACCGAGGCCGGAAUCAACGAAUACACAUCGAUUGUUGGAUUGCUUGACAAAUUAACCGCAAGUGUAUUCUGCUCUGGUGUUAUUAUAAGUUAUAGAUACAUUUUGACGGCCGCUCACUGUGUUCAAAAUAUCCCGAAUUCUCAACGCCUGCAAGCUUUGGUCGGAGAUCAUGAUUACAAAACAGGUCUUGAGACACCCUACUCGCAAAUCUAUGAUAUUGAGAGCAUCGUGAUGCAUGAAAAUUACAACCAAGACUCACGUGACAAUGAUAUUGCGGUGUUGAAAACCACCGCCGACAUACAAUGGACUCGAGGCGUUGGACCAGUAUGCCUUCCAUUCAAUUAUUGGUACUACGACUUCAACAAGCUGCAAGUGGAUGUAGCUGGGUGGGGCACUACAAGCUACGGAGGGCAAAUCAGUACGACCUUGAGACGCGUAACGCUGGAUGUGAUAGCAAAUGCUGACUGUGGCAAGGCCCAAUACGUCAACAAUCAGAAGUUAUGCACUUUCACACCCGGUAAGGAUACCUGCCAGUAUGAUUCGGGUGGUCCUUUGUAUCUGCGAGGGGUACAACGUAUGUAUACGAUUGGUGUCGUAAGCUAUGGAGGAGCUUGUGCAGCGUCUACGCCAUCAGUUAAUACCAGAAUCACAGCCUACCUGUCGUGGAUCCAGAAUAAAACAACGGAUGCGACGUAUUGUGUGAAGUAGAUAUUGAAGGCACAACUAUUUAAUGAAUACUGAACGUAAAUUAAGGUAAUAUUGCUAGUUUUCACAGUUGCUACGUUUUCCUCAAUUUUCACUAACAGAAUACGGAAAAAUACGGAACCUCAUCUGCACACGUUCAGAAAUUUGUUAUCAUAAGUGAUUUCGAAGCUAUACAUAUAAAUCUAUCUCAUUUCAAGGUGGUAUUGAUCACUUUUUUUAGCGAUGUUUUAUUUAAAAUAAAAUUACUUUUUUAUCGUUAGCUCCCUAAGUUUAAAUACGCUCGUUCAAUUCCUACCAAUAAAUACCUUCGCAUG